CAGCGGAAGAGUUUCCAGACGAGCCUGUUUACCUGAGACACACACGUACACGCAUGUGGGAGAAAAGAUGGCUAGUGUAGUUGUGUGGAGCGUGCUGGAGGAAUGUGUAAAGAAAAUAAAUGCCAACACAGCCCAACCAGAGAGCUUUCUAAGCCUUCAAGAUGGAGUGGCAGCAGAUUUUACCUCUCUGACUAAGACCCUGUAUGACCUCCACAAAGGUCAGGAGCCUGCUGAUUAUAAAGGCAGCCCGUUGGCUCAGCUGGUGGUGGAAAACUUUGAUGAAGAGCAGAUCUGGCAGGAACUGGAGCUGCAGAACAACGCUGUACUGAAACACUUUAAAAAUGCAGCUGAUGAAGCUUUGUCAGAUGAGACAUUAACAGUGCUUGAAGAGAAAGAGACUAGUGCUGAGGAAGAAGUAGAGGCGGACGAUGAAAAUGUUGAUGAAGAAGAGGAGGAGGAGGAGGAGCCGACCAGGCAGCCUAAGAAAAUGGCUGUGGAGGCUGAGGACGGGGCAGAGGAUAACACAGAUGAGGACUCUGAUUUAGAUUUUGAUGUAGAUGCUCUGGAGAAGCGCGAGAAACGGAAGAAGGAGACUGGAAGGAAAGUCUCCAAAACAAAAGUGGUUCCCUCUGAGGUUGAUGAUACGUUCUUCAAACUAUCAGAGAUGGAGUCUUUUCUUGAUGUUAUGGACAAGCAAGAGGGAAAGGAUGAUAAGAACGAAGAUGAGCUAGACUAUUUUCAGGACCUGCCCUCCGAUGAUGACGACAAUCUCGACUUAGAGCAAGUCCUAUCUACCAAAAAGAAAAAGAAGAACACUGUAAAGAGCUCCAGGAAUCUCAAGUACAAGGACUUCUUUGAUGCUGUGGAUGGUGAACCAGCUAAAGCAAAUGACAAGUCAGAUGGCGAGGAUGACAGCAUGGAUGAAAGCCGGGAAGAUGGUGAAGAAGAAAUGGAUGCAGAGGAAGGUGAUUUUGAUGACGAAGAGGAGGUUGACGAUGAGGAUGAAGAGAGAGGGCAGUCCAAAGCAUCCCAUAAGAAAGUGACCUUUAACCUCUCUGGAGACGAGGACAGCGAGGGAGAGGACGUGGAGGACAUUUUUGGGAAAAAACCUCCUACAAGCUCAGCAAAGACUCCAUCACAGUCAUCAUUUGAGAAACGGCAAGAAAAGAUGUCAGAGAAGAUUGAUGAGUUGGAGAAAGCAGCUCUUUCAGACAAGCCCUGGCAGUUAACCGGAGAGGUAACAGCGCAGACUCGUCCAGAGAACAGCAUGCUGGAGGAAGAUGUGGAGUUUGAGCAGACAUCCAGGAUGGCCCCUAGUAUCACUGAGGAAACCACACUGCAGCUUGAAGACAUCAUCAAACAGAGAAUUAAAGACCAGGCGUUUGAUGAUGUGGUCCGAAAAGAGAAGCCCAAAGAGGAGGUGUUUGAGUACAAGAAGAGGCUAACGUUGGACCAUGAGAAGAGCAAGCAGAGUUUAGCAGAAAUCUAUGAGCAGGAAUACCUCAAGCAGAAUCAGAAAAAGACAGAGGCGGACAACCCAUCCCAUGUAGAAAUUCAAAAGCUUAUGGACACACUCUUCCUAAAGUUGGAUGCUCUCUCCAACUUCCACUUUACACCUAAACCAACUGUUCCCGAGGUCAAAGUGGUGUCUAACCUGCCAUCGGUCACAAUGGAGGAGGUGGCUCCAGUCAGCGCUAGUGAUGCUACACUGCUUGCACCAGAAGAAGUCAAGGUGAAGAACAAAGCAGGAGAUAUUCUGGGUGAUACUGAGAAGACGUCAACAGACAAGAAGCGUGAGAGACGCCACAAGAAGACUGUGAAGCGUGUAAAGAUCAAGGAGAAAGAAAAGAGACAGAAACUUAAAGAUGCCAGUACAACUGGAGAAAACAGAAAGCUGUCAAAGGCUGAAGUCGCAGAAAAUCUGAAGAAACUCACAAAAGGAGGCAAAGCCAAGUUACUUAAGGAUGAUGGGAAGGACAAGGCUCUGCGGUCCUCUCAAGCUUUCUUCUCUGAGCUGCAGGACCAGGUUAAAAGUCAGAUCAAAAGUGCAAAGGACCAGUCAUCAAAGAAAAAGAAACUCAAAGAGGUUUCUGUCGGCAAACUCAAGUUAUAACAACUGUGAUUUUUUGUUGUGGAAGAUCAACGUUUUAUUGUAUAGAUUCUUUUUUAUGAGAAAGCUGCAAUAUAUUAAAUCUGAAAGUAAUCCUUGUUAAAUGUUUCCAUUUUCAAUAAAAACCAAUCGAGUGAC